AUGACGCGGGAAAAAGCGGUGACGAUCAAGCGAUCAGCGAAGGCAACCGAUAAUAAUGGUGAAGGGUUCGCUUCGGCCAGAUCCAGGACUGAAAAGGAUUUGGCCGCGGAAUUGGCGAUACCAAAAGUAAGAAUUUUAAAGCCGGCCGAGAUGCGCGUCAUUUCCAACAUCCUGGACUUUAUGGGACUCUUGAGUGAGGCGCUUUUGAAGUCCCAAUUUUGUUGUGCUGGUAGUUGUCGGCCUGGGCAGACUACAGUCUGCUUCACUAUUAUAAUGCCCCGGGAAAAAGCGGUGACGAUCAAGCGAUCAGCAAAGGCAACCAACAAUAAUGGUAGAGGGUUCGCCUCGGCUAGAUCCAGGACUGAAGAGGAUUUGGCCGUGGAAUUGGCGAUACCAAAAGUAAGAAUUUUAAAGCCGGCCGAGAUACGCGUCAUUUCCAACAUCCCGGACUUUAUGGGACUCUUGGGUGAGGCGCUUUUGAAGUCCUAA